AUGGCAACAUCCUGGACAAAAUUCUACGUGGCAAGUGUGAAGCGUGGAAGACCCCAGUUGAAGCUGAAGGACUCUGUCUCAUCGGCCUCCGCUCCUUUCAAAUCGAUGAACCAGGGCCUCUUCUUCCCCGAGCCCUCCAAAAACACUGUGACGGCAUCGUGGAAGUUUUCGGAGGUGUUCAAGCCGAAAUACCUCAGACCGAAAAUUCCCUCGCGCUUUAAAAGGUCAACAGAUAAUCCCACCAAUCCUGUCCCCAAUUACCCUCCCACCAAAUCCAAAAUAGAGAAGAGGUACUCAAAUUUAGAACUCGUGGGGGUGAAGCCGGAGGUGUUGUAUCGCCAUCCGGGCUUGAGCGUCGAGGAUCAAUCAAACCCAAAUUUCGAGAGCAAAAAAAUUCUGGAAAAAAUAGCGGUCCCUAGUGAAUCAUUCCGGCGAGUUUCGCCUGGGCUCAAGGAGCCCAUCAGAGUCCUGCCACUUCCAACAGCCCCGAAACCGAUUCCCUACACGAAGACCAUCGAGAACUGCAACGAGACUUUGCCGAGCGAAAUCUCAGAUCUGAAUCUCCCGCUAAAUCCGAAGAAAUUUCUCGGGAGAAUCGUCAUACCGGAGGCGGAUCCCCACAGGAUCACUCUCGAGACGAAACAGCCGAAUGGCACUUACGUGAACCUUCAAGAUCACCAGGCAGUCGUCAGUAAUUCCCCCGAACAGGGCAAUCCACCUGACACACCACCUUACAAUCCCGCGAAUAUUCCAUACGUCGAGGUGCCGGAUUACACUGACAGGCGGGAGGAGAGUCUGGACGGCAGCGAUCGCCUCUCCAAGGAUAAAUACACCAGUGACAGUGAUCUGGACAACGAUGCUGUUGACCCUGGUACACAGCCGAACGCGGAAGGGGAAAGAUCCUCACCGUUCGGUGGGAGCGAAAGUAAUGGAACCCGAGAGGAUCUUAAUGCCGGCAAAAAAAUAACCAAUGACUCGGCAGAUACGUAUCAAGUAGGAAGUGCUUACGGUAAGAUUGGAAAGGACAGCGAGGUAGUUGUGAGGUCGGAGGAGGAACGACCGAUUAAAAAUUCGAGUCAUGAAGACAAAGGUGAGGAGCCCAGUGGGGCGAAUUUUUACGCUAAAAAUAUCACAGGAUCAGCUGAGUACGAGCCUGUUUCAUUCGAUAUUGAGGACUACAGCAAGCCUUUCGAUCUCGAUAAAUUUAUUGAUGAGCUGUUUCAUCGGGACGAGAGGAAAAGUGAGGAGUUGAGAGUGAAAGCAUCGAGGAAAAGCCGCGAUGAAAGUGAGGACGACUUUAAUGCGAGGAAAUUUGAUGAUUUUUAUAAUUCCGAAGAAGAUCGCAGUCGAUCUGACAGGAGCAAGGAUUAUUUCGAGUCGCACGAGUCCAAAAGCGGCCCUGCUUACGCAGCUGUUGACGAUUUUCAAGCGAAUCAUUCUACUGAUGUCAUUAAAAAAUUUAGUAAGCCUCAAAUCGAUGGAGGGGGUGAACAGAAGAUUAAUGGACAGAGUGUGAGCAAAUUCCUGUCAAAACUGUCUCAGCACAGAGUCAAGAGUGAUAAAGUAAAAGGGAACGAGGAGGAUAAAAAGGGAAAAUAUCACAAACACUGGAUCCUAGAGUACGGCUUCCCCUCGACUAAAGUUGAAAAAAAAACUCCCGAGCUCGCAACGGAUGAUGCUGUGGAUUCAAAGACUCGCGAGGUCUCUUCCUGA